CAUCCUGCGCCAGGUACAUGGGUCAAACAGGCGCGCAUACUUAAGUACAACGGGAUAGCAACUGGCCUUUCGAACAAACCACCAUCCGGAAUUGACCCACUUGACACUCCUCAUUCAAAGCCCACUCAGUCCGCCCUCCCCAUUGCCACCAUGUCUUACCAGGGAUACCAAGGCCAGACGGGGCACCGCGAGCCCUACCUGUCCUACCCUGACCAGUGGGCCACAUACUCCAGCACUUAUGGUCUCCCGUCGUGGGACCAUACAUACGGGUAUCACCAGCCGGUGGCUCAUAACAUGCACCCAUAUGCCUCCCCGGGACAAUAUGGGGAGUCAGGGCGGAACGACACCCCGCCGUCCAUGGGACGAGUCGAGGCCCGGCGGCAUGGGAAUCUUCAAGGUGCGGGUCUUACUAUGGUUUACCUCUUCCUUUCCGUAGGCUAUCAUUCGCCACCGAUGGACCCCAUGGCAUCACUGCCGCGAUACGAUGUCACUCCGGAAUUUGUGUGGUCUGAGAGCACCAUGAGAUCGCACGGCCGGGGCAGUAUGGCCCAGGCACAGACUACGCAGGGAAUACAACAUACACCCUGGCGGAUGUCUGAAGUCGAGGCCAUACAAACGAACACCAAUGAAUUCAACAAUGGGGGCAGCAUGAAAUGUUCCGCCGCCGCCCAGCCAUUCGCUGAAGGUGUACUGGCGUCGGUCGCAGGACCUAGUACUUCACGGAUACCGCCAGUACCUCCUUCGUCGACAACUGAUCAGGCGACGAAGAGCAAGGGGAGAGUGAUGGAGUGCAAGAGUGCAAGAGGGGCCAAGGGCAGAACUCAGGCGAGCGCGAAGGCUCAGAUACUCGGUAAGGCCGUGGCGACGAAGAGGACAAUGCCGCCUGGGGAUGGACCAUGGAUCUGCCAUGUGGAAGGCCAAGAAUACGCCCGUUACUGGGAGAUAUUGCGACACAAGGAGACGACAAAGGGCCAUGAUGAGUAUAAAGGUCCCUGCAUCUGCGUGUGCGGAGCAGAGUUCACUCGCUCAGAUGCCAUGAGCAGGCAUCAUAAGCGAAGCUGCCCCCUCCGUUCUAGGCCAUCGUCUCAUCGCAGGUGA